AUGGCUCAAAAUCUGAGGUUAAGAGCAUAUGAAGAAGGAAAGGAUAGCAAAGCAGAUUUGCUUCCAGAUCCCGCACGCUACAGGCGACUAGUGGGUCGUUUAAUAUAUUUAACCAAUACUAGACCUGAUAUUUCUUUUGUUGUGCAAGUCUUGAGUCAAUUUAUGCAUAUCCCAACAAAGACACACAUGGCUGCAGCACUUGGGGUGAUCAGAUACUUGAAAGGGACACCUGGCCAUGGUAUCCUCCUAAGUGCUGAAGGAAAUUUCAGACUCAAGUGCUUCUGUGAUGCAGAUUGGGGAUCCUGUCCUACUACUAGAAGAUCAGUCACAGGCUAUAUCUUGAAGUUGGGAGGUUCAUUAAUCAAGUGGAAGACUAAGAAACAAGCUACAAUUUCUAGGUCAUCUGCAGAAGCUGAAUACAGGGCCUUAGGUUCUGCAGUCUCAGAAAUAGUGUGGAUGGUUGGAUUAUUGAGUGACUUGGGGAUCAACUAG